AUGAUGCGGCAGCGCUACGGGCACCUCCUGGCGCAGCUGGAGCGGGUGCUGCGGCUGCUGGAGCUGAGCGGUGGCGUCGAGGAAGACUACAUCCAGAUUGCCCGGUGCUUUGAGGUGACGCGCCAGAAAUGCUGCCGCUUGGAGCAGGAUGGGCGCAGGGCCCGGGAGCAGCUGGCCCGUGCCGAGGCCGAGCGGGCAGCGCUGGAGGUGAAGCUCAAGCACGCCCGCAACCAGGUGGAGGUGGAGAUGAAGAAACGGCACCGGGCAGAGGCUGAGCUGGAGAAGCAGGAGCGCAAACUUCAGCUGAUAUUUGAGUUCCUGAUGCAGGAGCCGUCAGGCAGCAGUGCCCUGACAGGCGAGCAGCGCACCGUCCUCUGCGCCCUGGCGGGCCGGCGCCUCGGGGGCACCCUGGUACCGGGCAGGAGGUCGUCGGUGGUGGAUGAGUCGUGCCACUCCCUGCUGUCCCACUCGGACAUCAGCUAUGACCGCACCGAGGACGAUGUGGAUGUUGAUGUGACGGUGGUGAAGACCCUGAAGCGCAGAACUCAGGAGAGGCAGCGCACGUCCCUGGCCCCUCAGAUCGGCCCCGUGCUGGCAGCGAAGCGGCUCCGUCCGUCCGUGGUGCCCCCCAAUGCUGUGAAGCUGACCACGGCGUGGGGCGCCGGCGAGGAUCGGGGCUGCCGGGCCGCAGGGCCGGAGAGCCGUGCGGAGCAGGAGGAGGAGGAGGAGGGCGGUGUGGGGCAGGCAGCCCCCUUGCCCUCCCCUCCCCACAGCCUCCCGCUGCUCCAGCACCAGUUCGGCUCCAAAACGGUCAUCCGCCCGGAGCCGUGCGCCGCCUGCGGCUCCCGCCUCCGCUUCGGCACGGCCGCCUGCAAGUGCCGCCGGUGCCGGUGGCUGGUGCACGCCCGGUGCCGCCAGCGGUGCCCCGGGCCCUGCGCGGCCCGGCCCCGCCGGCGCGGCCGGCCCCGCGAGGGCGUGCUGGCCGACCUGGCGCCGGCCGCGCCGCCGCGGGUGCCCGCGCUGCUGGUGCGCUGCGUGGCCGAGGUGGAGGCGCGAGGCCUGGCCGAGACGGGGCUGUACCGCGUGCCGGGCGCCGAGCAGCUGGUGCGGGAGUGGAAGCGGAGGCUGCUGCGCGCCGGGGAGGCGCCGGGCGCCGUGGCCGACGUCCACGUGCUCUGCGGGGUGCUCAAGGACUUCCUGCGUGGCCUCCGCGAGCCCCUGCUCACCCUCCGCCUGCGCCCGGCCUUCCUGCAGGCCGCCGACGUCCCCGACGAGGCCGCCUGCGGCGCGGCCCUGCGCCACCUCGUCAGCCAGCUGCCGCCCGCCAACAGGGACACCCUGGCCUUCCUCAUGCUGCACCUGCAACGGGUGUCCCGCAGCCCCGACUGCAGGAUGGACGUGCCGAACCUGUCGCGCGUGUUCGGGCCCACGCUGGUGGGGCACGGCUCGGCCAACCCCACGCCGCUCGCCAUCAUCGAGGACACGCCGCGGCAGUGCAAGGUGGUGGCCCGGCUCCUCUCGCUGCCGCCUGACUUCUGGGGACGCUUCGUGGGGACGGAGCAGGAGAACCUGGUGCUGGUGCCGGCCAGCACCCCGGCCCCGCAGAGCGAACACGGUGAGGCGCCCGGGCGUGCGAGAGGAGCGCCCCCGGGGGGCGGCCGCCCUCGUGCAGCGGGUGCUGAGGGGCCCUGGGUGCCCAAAGGGGGCUGGUCUGUGACGGCUCACGUCGUGCCCUGCCCAGGCCCCCGUCCUGCAGAGCAGCUCUUCUGCCCCGUUGCCUCCGCCGAGCCCAACUCCGGCCAGCUGAGCCCCGCUGGGACCUGCUGCCUCCCCAGCGCGCUGCGGAGCUGCGUGGGCACAGCCCCCCAGCCGCCGCAGGAGCCUGCCCCGAAGAGAGUGGGCCGGUUCUUCCCUUCCCUGGUGUAGCGGUUGGCA